UUUCCGUGGGUACACCAGCAUCAGUCGCACUGGUGGGGGGCCCCGGAGAGGGUGGCCUCCCAGUGCACUGGCUGCCUCCCUCCCCUGGCUCUCCUGGGCUGGGAAAACAACCUGUAUCAGGGCGGGUGUGGUGUGUGCUUUGCACUCAGCUCUUCUCUCAGGACUCCCUUGAGCUCCAUUCACACCAGAGAGGGAGCAGGAGAGAGAGGACAGGCGGAACCAACAGCCUCAACUCCAGGGGAAUAAGGGCAUCGCCUCCUUUUGGUGAAGGACACUCCCUUCUGAUGGAGAAUGGGAACUCCCUUCCUCCUGCAGCGGCCUGCCUGCAGCACUCCCGUUAGGUCACUGUGGACACUGUAGGCUGCUGUGGCUGCCUCGCCCCAGAAAGAAAGUGCCCCAGAGCCAAAGCAAAGAGAGCUGCAGUAACCGAGAAGUUCAGAGAGCCGGCGUGGGGCUGCUGGGAAAGCAGCCGCAGCACAGUGACAGUGACACGGAGCAGACGACACCCAGUGGAUUUCCGUGUUGCCCUUGGACGAAGAGGCACAGUCCUCAGCCUACAAGGUUUUCAGAUGCCCAGCCCUUGUCUUCCCGAUGCUUCCAAUGAAUGGAAACGGGCUAAGAAAAUCAGAAGUGUUAGUGCAAAAUAUACAGCCUUAAGAAACAAUGAGCAAUCAACCUGUGGACCCCUGCCUUGAAAGCACACCCUAAGAAGCAGCCGCUGAGCCAUGGCUGAAGGGGAAAUCACAACCUUCACGGCCCUGACGGAGAAGUUCAAUCUGCCUCCAGGGAAUUACAAGAAACCCAAACUCCUCUACUGUAGCAACGGGGGCCACUUCCUGAGGAUCCUUCCAGAUGGCACAGUGGAUGGGACGAGGGACAGGAGCGACCAGCACAUUCAGCUGCAGCUCAGUGCGGAAAGCGUGGGGGAGGUGUAUAUAAAGAGUACCGAGACUGGCCAGUACUUGGCCAUGGACACCGACGGGCUUUUGUACGGCUCACAGACACCAAAUGAGGAAUGCUUGUUCCUGGAAAGGCUGGAAGAAAACCAUUACAACACCUACACAUCCAAGAAGCACGCAGAAAAGAAUUGGUUUGUGGGUCUCAAGAAGAAUGGAAGCUGCAAACGCGGUCCCCGGACUCACUAUGGCCAGAAGGCAAUUUUGUUUCUCCCCCUGCCAGUCUCCUCUGAUUAAAGAAAUCUCUCCUGGGUGCCGACCACUCCACAGGAGGUCCUCACCCAGCUGACCCCAGGUUGUCCCCUUGACUAUUGGCUGCACUAACCCCUGGCCCACAGAGCCUGAAAUUGUAAGCAGUGCGCUUCCAAAUGCCCAGUUCACUUUUUUGCAGAGCCUUUUACCCCAGCACAGUUUUGAACAGAGGGAUCAAAUAGCUCCUAGGGGCCAACUGGCUGGCCAGUCUGGGUGUGUGGAUGCCCAGUUGCCUCUGGGCACCUGCUGCAGGCUGAGCCUCUCAAUGCAAAGGCGGGGCCCAAUGAAGUGUGUUCAGGGAGCUGCCAGGGUCAUUAGUAACCGCAUACAAUUCCCUCUACUGAGAAAAUCCUGUCUGUGAUUCCCCGAAACACUUGGCAUGAUGCCCUUUCGUCCUUUCAACACCCCACAAAUAUUAGCAGGGAAGCUUAUGGCUAGGUUAGGGGAAGGCAGUGUUCCAUGAGUAGAAACUAGGAUGAAGAAAAUCUCCCCUUGAGAACAGAAGGGACUAAAAUGGCAAGGGGAGACUGGGUUCUGGUGGGCUCUCAGUGUAGAAUAAAUGAAGGAUGGGAGCUUCAGCCCACAGGAAAGCAGAAUAAAUGCAUAGCAUUGGGAGUCAUUACAAUGCCGUGACUUUCCCAAGGUAAUUCGGCAGCAGGAAGCCCCUGGAUGAUGUCAGAUGGACAGCAUGAGAAGUGGAUUCUUGAUAAAAGCAAAAACAUCAGAUAUUGGUAAAUUCAUUUGGGUCUGGGGUGUGGGAGUGCUGAGAAAGAAAGGCAACGUGGGCUGAGGGGAUGAUUUCCUCUAAAGGGGUUGAUUCCAGAAGUGAGAAGGAAAGAUGGAGGGACGCCAUGACUGUGCCUCGUCCCCAGAAAGCAGAGGCUUUGGGGUCCCAGGCAAUGUUUACAAAUCACAUGCAGAUCGUGUUUGAGUGUAGGUUCUGAUUCAGUGGUUCUGGGGUGCAGUCUGUGCAUUUCUAACAAGCCCCCAGGUGCUGCAGAUGCUGCUGCUUCCUCUUGCAACCCCCCCAACAUACUUAAAGUAGCAGAGUCCUGAAGCGUGCUGUCCAAAGGAAGGGGGCCGAAGGCCCCCGAGCCUCUCUUGCCUUGCCCAUAAAAAACGCAUACCCCACGAGUCUUCCUGAACACUCAGGCAGCAUCAGGAGCAGUUAGGCCCGUGCUAAGGAACAUGGAUUUAAGGCGCUUUGGCCCAGUGCCUAUAAAAUACCCAUUUAGAAUAUAUACAAAAGCAUACUUCAAAAAUGUUAAACCCUCACAAACAGCUUUUCUCAAGAGACCAUUUGUGUUACGAUUACUUGUAUAAAUAUGCUUCCUGCUUAGAGUAAACUUGACCCAAGUGGCUAGCAAAUUAGAAACAACAUUCAUCUCUGACAUAUGAUACUGUUGCCAUGUAAAGGUCUUUAAUAGGCCAUUUAAAUUUACUGUGAGACUGUAUGUUUUAAUCACAUUUAUAAAUAUGUAGCUCAAAGGCGGUUAACUGAUUAGCAUUCAGCCACUGAGAAUGAUAAUCAUAGGACAUGAUGUAUAAGCUCCUCAAUUAUCUACUACUUGUACUACAUCUACCUAUAAAAAGAGAUUGUACUUUGUUUUCAAUUGUGGUAUUACAAGUUUUCCUUUGAAAACAGGGACGCUUAAGCAACAAGAGGGUAACUGUGGAUACAAACUGAUAAGAAUAUUAGCUCAUGUUCUAAGGCAUGGACAUUAUUAACGGAAAAAAUAACUCCUUAUAAUUGCAUUGUCAUAUUUAUGAUAAAAAAAAAGAUGGUUUGUGAAGGUUCAAAGCAAUAUAUUGCAAUUGAGGAACCAAACUAAGUUAAAGCUGCGAUUAAUAAUAUCAUUCUGCAUUUGUACAGAAAAACGACUUCAGAACUUUGUUUUUGUAACUUGGAUAAGACCAUUCUAUUUUAUUUUAGUAAAUCCUUCCAGGCAAGCUGGAGAUAGUGCAGUGUGGUUUAAUGUUUCUUUACUAUGAAGAUUUGGCCAGAAAAGGGUAUGCAGAGAGGAAAUCUAAGAUAUAUAAUGGUCCAUAAUUUUUAGGGUAUGAAUCAAAUUCAAAUAUAACACUGGCCAAGAAAAAUUAAAUGUUGCUAACAGAUGAGACGGAAGCUUGUGGUUUCAAAGACCCAAAGCAGUUAGAAGAAACACUAUCAUGGCCUUGCCAGCCUCCGCCCGGUCAUCAUUCAUAUAUUCAUUCACUGAAUAUUUUUUUCAGUGCCUACUGUGUGUCAGGCACUGUACUGGGUACCGGGGCACCUGGAAACAAUGUCUGUCUGGUUUUCUGCUGUAUUCUCUCCCAGGGCAUUAUAUUUAUGAUGAAAGAUGCUGUGGAUUCAUUUAUUUCAGCCAAGUUAAAAACAGAGACUUUGUAGGUUGCUGCUGAAUAAACAGCAAGUCCCAGAAACCCAGGUUCUGGAAGAAUUCGCAAUACCCAGUAUAAGAUAACCCCCAUCAAAGUAUCCGAGGACCUGGCCAGGUAAACCUAAUAUUUCCAACUGUAGAACCAUGACAGCUUUAGGAGGACUGGUUUCAAGUUGGGAAAAGAGCCUGUCAGAUCUUGUAAGAAGGAAGUAGGUGGCAGUUCCCUGCUCCAUUCUAGUUCCUUACACACGGAGUGUUCCUGUUGCCCUCUCUCUCUUUUCCUUGAGUAAGUGAGGUAGCCAUCUGCUUGUCACACGUCUCUCAUGUGGAUUCAUUUUCAGGCCAACUGUUAAGAACUGCCUGGUAUUCUCUACAAAGCAUCAGGAGCAUUUACGCUUUUGAUUGUUUGCAAGAUGGCGGUGGCGGUGGCAGCGAUCUGUUUCCUUGGAAGGGAUAGUUAGAGCCUCCCCCGGCCAACAGUGUGUGCUUACCAAAAACUGACUACCGCAUCAUACGUUACUAAAGACGGAGGUCCUCGCUUUGUGUCAGAGGCAAUGGAGCCCAGCUCCCCAGCCUUGUUAGAAUAGACUGCCUCAACGAACCGAGCCCAUGGGCUGCGAAGCAGACCUCUGAUGAAGAAGACACCUGUCAUUUUACAUCACUGUCUCUUUAAUUUUGGCACCUUACAAGUAUUAAUAAACGUUCCACUAAAAGGC